CUGCAUUGAUGUAGUAGCACUUACUUGUGGAAAAGAGACUGACACUGGACAUUCGUUCCCAAAUGCCAGGUAGCUUUUUGAAGACAUCCAACAAGGCUUUUCAAAAACCACCACGAGCGGGGGUCAGGGACUCUUGAGGCUGCCGAGGCCUUUUGGAGGUUUUGGGCCGCGCCUCUUCUCCUGUGUGGAGCCUGAAGAGAGCCCUCUCACGUGUCUGAUACCGGAAAGCCUCGGAACUUAUGUUUGGUCAGUUCACAUCAGUUUUCUCCACUUCAUCUCGAGAAGCAUUUGUGCGCCAGAAUCCACUCAUAGGAACCCGCUUCACAUCUCAAGGUACUAAUUGAGGAAAAUGGCGCGCGUUUGUCUCGUGUCUCUCGCGUUCGUGACGCUUGCACUGUCGGCGGGUGCAAAUCCGCCGCCGAUGGUCAUGACAAAAAAGGAGGCGCCACCCCCAGUGGUCAAACAGGAGGUGUGCGAGACGGUUCCGUACCAAGUCCAGGCUACCUGCUACAAGGAUGUGACAAAGAAGGAGGCAUACUCGUGUCCAGAGACUUUGGAAAAGGAGGUUUGCAAGAACGUGCCCGUACAGGUCCCUGACACCUGCUACAAGCAGGUUUCCCAGCAGGUUGCAUACUCGUGCCCGCAAACACAGCACAAAACAGAGUGCUACGAUGUGGCAAACACCUGCACUAAGACUGAGUAUGUGAUGGAGGCAUACGAAUGCGGAAAAGAAGCGUGCAAAUCCGUGCCAGUCCAGGUGCCUAACACGUGCUACAAGACAGUCCAGGAGCAGCAGGCGUAUUCGUGCCAGAAGAGCAAGGCCGAGCAAUUCUGCGCUGAGGUGCCUUACACUGUCGCCAAGACAUGCUUCAAGGACGACGUGAAGUCGGUACCUUACACAUGCUCCAAGACCGAGUACAAGCAACAGUGCAGGCAAGUACCCUUCCAAGUGGAUAACACUUGCUACAAGACCGUCAUGCAAGCCCAAGAGUAUCCUUGCACAAAGACCGCCUUCGAGGACAGCUGCUCUGAUGUCGCCGUGCAGGUCCCAGACACGUGCUACAAGCCUGUGCAGCAGCAGAAGCCGUACAAAUGCAAGAAAACCCUCACAAAAACACAAUGCACCAAGGUCCCCGUCGAGGUCCCAAGCACAUGUAGCAAGACCGUUAUGACGAAGGAGGCGUACGAUUGCUCCAAAACAGAGUACAAGACCGAAUGUACCGAGGAAGUUGCCCAGGUUCCCUGCGUGGGCAAGGAAUGCAAGCUCCGACAGCUCAAGAAGCAGCGUGUCUGCCGCCAGGUUCCGUUCACAAGCAAGAACGUCUGCUACAAGGAGGUACCAACUACACAGUCGUACAAAUGUUCGAAGACUGAAUACACUGAACAGUGCCAGGAGGUGCCGUACGAAGUGCCGGAAACCUGCUACGAGACGAUCACUGUUCAGCAACCGUACAAAUGCUCCAAGACUGAAUACAAGCAGCAAUGCAAGAAGGUCCCUGUUGAAGUUCCACACACCUGCACCAAGCAAGUUCCAGUCAAGGAAGCUUAUUCGUGCCCCAAAACAGAGUACAAGCAAGAAUGCCAGAGUGUUCCCGUCCAGGUCCCGGAUACAUGCUACAAGCAAGAGGCCAUCAAAGUGCCAUACAGCUGCCCCGAGACGAAGUAUCAGUCCAAAUGCGAAACGAAGAUGGUCCCGUACGAGGAUACCUGCUACAAGACUGUGCCCGUCAAGCAAGCCUACGCUUGCACCAAGACUGUUAUGGAGCAGCAGUGUGCCUUUGUUUCCAAAACCUGCCAAAAGAAGGUACCAACUCAGGUGCAGUACUCUUGCCCGAAGAAGGAGUGCAAGCAGGUUGCCUUCCAGGUUGAUAAGACCUGCUACAAGGCCGUGCCAACUCAGGAAGCAUACAAGUGCUCCAAGACUGUGUUUGAGAACCAGUGUACCACCCAGUCGUACACGGUUCCCAAGACUUGCUAUAAGGAUCACGUAAAACAGCAGGCAUAUCCGUGCAUGGAAACCAAGUACAGGACCCAGUGCAAAACGAAGAAGGCAGUGGCACCCCCUCCUCCCGUUAUGUUGUCUAAGAAGGGCAUGUAACCGAUUCCUUGAUUAUUUGACCUGUGCACAAGAAGGGCAUGUAAUUGUGUCGAACUGCAUUAUCUCCAUUGUGUGUCUGCGUAAGUUGAUGUGGUCUCGUUGCGCCUUCUGCACGGUGCUUGUGAUUCACAACUCAGGUCCCUUCAGGGAUGUAAAACAGGUUUAAUGAUU